ACUUCCCUUCACUGGGGCGUUGCAUUGGUAGAGUCUGGGAGUGAGGUCAUUCUGAGCUGGGGUUGGAGAAGGAGAGAAAAAAAUUAAAUUCAAUUUGAAGGAACAGUUAGUGAGGGGCAGGUAGUUGGUGAAAGUGUGACAGGCAGGCAGUGUGUGGUGAAGCUGGCGGUAGGACGUUUAUAAGGUAGUAAAACUGAGGGAGUGCAGACGUCCAGGGGGAGAGGAGAGCAGUGGUGCUGACGUUCAGAUUUUAUGGGAGAGGGAAUGAUUAAUGGAGUUUAUUUCCUUGCCCAUCUCCCCGCGUGUGUGUAGAAGUUUCAGUGACCUCCCAUAGUACUGGUGUCUGCUUCACGGGAACAGUGUGCGAGUCGUCUGCUGUUGCUCAACGGACGGCUGGACUUUGCUGUAACCCUCGCACUCCAAAACGAAACGGGCUUCAACACACGAGUGGCCCGGAGGCUGCCGGAUUCGAGGGCCCCAAGCUCUUGGCUUCGUUCGGGGUCCACUCGCUGCGUUUGACGGGGCCCUGCUUCAGGCGAGGGGGAGCUUCUGGAAGCGACCCGCUGCUCGAGUUUGUGGUGUUCUACUUGAAUGGACAGACUCCCCUAGCUUUCUUGCUCCUUCUCCUGUGGGCUUUGGACAGUCAUGGCGUCUACACUGUUUGACGUUAGCCUCAUGGACACUGGCCAGGAGGCCGUUGAUGCAAACCACUGUGACCUGGAGGUGGAAAGGAAAUAUCAACUCAUUCCAUCCAUUAUUUGUGCCAUGUGCUGCCUGUUUGGGAUCAUCUACUGCUUCUUCGGUUAUCGCUGUUUCAAGGCUGUCAUGUUCCUCUGUGGGCUGAUGUUUGGCUCCAUCAUCAUUUUCCUGUUGUGUUACAAGGAGCGUGUUCUGGACAUUCAGCUGAGCGUGGAGGCCAGUGCAGGCAUUGGUCUAGGCAUCGGAAUCCUGUGCGGACUGGUCACCAUGCUUGUCCGCAGCGUUGGCCUCUUCAUGAUUGGCCUGGUGCUUGGCCUUCUGGUAGCAAUUGCCACCCUCAUCGUGAUGGAACAGUUCUACCACCCACACACCAUCUGGGUUCCAGUGGGGCUUCUCAUUGGCGUUGGAAUGCUGUUUGCUGUCUUAACUUUACAAUGGCAAAAGCUUUUCACUAUUAUCUCCACUGCAGUCUUUGGUGGUGCCAUCAUUACGCUGACUGUGGACUAUUUCAUUGAGCUGUUUCUGUUGGCGCAGUACGUCUACGAGAGGCUCAAGAUUGCUCCCUCGCUGCCCGUUUGUUGGUACAGUUGGGUGAUCCUUGGCAUCUGGCCCUUGAUGAGCGUUCUGGGAAUCCUGGUCCAGUGGAAACUAACAGCGGAGGGCUACUCGCACACUGAAGUUAUCAUCAGCAAACGACAAAGGCGAGUGCAGUUGAUGAGAAUACGACAGAAAGAAGCAAAGAAGCGCCGCCGGGCCUCUCAGGCGGAGGGCACAUAUCGCAGGAAGCCGUAUCCAGUCAAGCGCUACGCCGGAGACAUCCUUUCACCGAGCUACAUCCAGAGUAUCCGGGAUCGGCAGACAGGAACAUCCAUGAGCAGUCUGAACACAAAUAUCCACACCAUCGUGGAUCUGGAUUAUGACUGUGGAUCCACAGUGCCACUCACAGCCACAACCCCCGUCGUCACGGCGUGAGACAGGCACAGUCACACAGCAAGUACUGCUCAAGGGUAUUAGUGAACAACCAGUUUAUGUAGAUCCCAGCAGGUGACCAGUAGAUAAAAUGUGGCACUCUAGUCUGAAGUCUCCACACACCAUGAUCUGUUUGCAUGUCUCCCCUCUCUGAAUCACGAUUGCAGCAACUAUGAAGCAGUGCAUCUCUCUCUCUCUCUCUCUUUCUCUCUCAAGUCUUCUCAUUUGUUGCCUGCCUGAAUAGGACUUCAGCAGCUUGACCGAGGAGGACUUGCAGGCCAGAAGAAAUGAUGCCCCUGGUCGGCAAACAGGCACAGGACGUGAUGCAAACCGUUCCUCCACCUCAACCCCCGCCAGGUGACUUGUCAGGGGAAGUGAGCCCACACACAGGAAGAAUAACUGAGAUGCGUGUACAACUUGUUUGUGGAAUGACGAACUUUCUCCCUUGAACUCUACCCUCUUUCGGGGUCCGUGCGCUUGGCGUGUUUUCUGAUUGGCUUGUCACUUCUCAUAACUGUAGCUGUCAUCCACAAGCCACCAGUGUGUGGCUUUUUACGGAGCCAAAGCUCAUCUGUGGCUGAUUCCUGUGAAUGUGUCAUUUCAUGUAUAAUCGAUUCAACUGUUUGCUUUUAAACCCAGAAGGACUAAAUUCCCUUCUAAGCCUAUAUACCAGUUUAAAUCUGUUGUUGUUCAGUCCAAUAUACCUUAAAGUAUAAAAUUGUCUCCCUUUAAUUCCGUGCAACUAAACCUGCCCCUUUAAAUAUAAUCCAGCAAAGUAAACGGCCAAAUGUUCUCUAUUAAAAAAAUGCUCCCUUCACUCUUGUUCUUUGCCUUUCUUCUGUAGCUCAGGGUCUGCUGAUGGCUACGGGCCUCUUGUUUGUGAUGAGGACUCUCCAGUUCUUGUUUCUUGACCUUUCCAAAGCUUGCACAGAUUCCAGAUCUCUGCCAGUCACUAGACAUGGGACGGAAGAUACCCCGCAGAAGGGCAGGUCCUGCUCUUGAUGCUUCAAGCUGCGUAAAUGUCUUCAGCACCCCUUAACUGCUCAGGUGGACUGCAGCUGGCUGCAGCUCACUGGCACUCAAUGAUUAGGGCAAAGGACUCCGCUGCUCCUCUUGUCCCGGAGUAAGACCUACGCAGGAAUCUGAUGCAGGUUGUUGUUCAUGUCAGCGCAGAUCAGUACACAAAGGAUGUGCCAGUUAUAAGGUAAAUGCAGGCUGAAAACAUUAGUCUCCACAGUGAAAUGAAGAUGUAGAACCUCCGAUCUCUUUGACAGUCCAGUAUGGGCAAGAAGAGUUGUCAUUCUGUGCUGUUGUGACUGUAGCUAGCCUGCUGAGGGUGGAGGUGCUCACACACUGAUCUCUUCUGUGAUAAGUAGCUGAGAACUGUGUGGAUUACGAGGUAAGGAAAAUUGUUUGUCUGGGCAUUUUCUAUACUCUACGCACUACAGAGAGCACAGCAGGGCUCUGUCCGGGCCCGAUCCACUCUCUGUGCAGCAUUACAAGGUGCCAUUCAUGCAACUUCUUGAACGCUGAUAGGGUAAAGCUCACAAACAGAGAGCCAGACACACACACGCACAUGCACAAUACACAUUGGACACACGACAGGACACACACACAUUCUCUCUAUGUUGAUGCCCUUUUAGUUUAUUAUUACAAGGCUCUAUCCACAGAGGCAGUAUGUCCACAAUCAUCCUUUGUAUCAAGGCUCUAUCCAUGCUGACCACGUGUACUUCACAAUAAUACAGGGAUCCAUCCAUGUAGAAUCCACAUAUUCACUGUACAGUAAGUAUCCAUCCACAGAGACUCUAUGGCACCAAUCCAGGUUCACUAUGUUGAGAUCCAUCCAUGUAGAGUCUGUCACCUGUCCAUGUUCUGUACAUUAUUGUGUAUGUGUGUAUGAACACGACCCUCUCCCGUGUGUGUGUGUGUGUAGACACGACCCUCUCCCAUGUGCGUGGACACGGCCCUCUCCCGUGUGUGUGGCCACGGCCCUCUCCCGUGUGUGUGUGUGUGGACACGACCGUCUCCUGUGUGUGUGGACACAAUGCUCUUCUGUGUGUGUGUGGACACGGCGCUCUCCUGUGUGUGUGUGGACACGGCCCUCUCCUGUGUGUGUGUUUGGGCACGGUGCUCUCCUGUGUGUGUGGACACGGCCCUCUCCUGUGUGCGUGUGGACACGGCUCUCUCCUGUGUGCGUGUGGACACGGCCCUCUCCUGUGUGCAUUUGGGCACGGCCCUCUCCUGUGUGCGUGUGGACACGACCCUCUCCUGUGCGUGUGGACACGACCCUCUCCUGUGCGUGUGGACACGGUGCUCUCCUGUGUGUGUGGACACCCUCCAUGGGAUGGUCUGACCUGACUGACUCCCCACACCACUGAGGUGAGCUCUACUCAGGGUCCAGGGGCCACAACCUGCAGCUCAGGUGACCCAUACAAAGAGGUGGGGAAGAGUGAGGGACCUCCAGAGAAUCAUUCUCCAUGAUGCUGACCCUCGCACACCGAGGCUGGCAGGUGCUGUGUGCAGGAGAUUGGUGUCACAGUGCUGACCCUUUCAUUGUCUUGUUCCUGAUCCCCGUGCGGCAUCUCCUGGUAUUUCUGUGAGAGAACGGAGAGGUCACCGAUGGAAGCUGGAGGAAAUAUGUAAUGCAUUAUUGAUGGUAGGGGAGUCAGCUGUGCUGCAGGGAAUCCAAGGUGGACCAAUCUUCCGAUGGGGUGCAAUGAUUGCUGGCACGAACUUCCCCGGGUAAAGCUGCCUUUAUGUGGGAUUUUCCACAGGCCUUGAAAUUGCACCACUCAUUGGAUGGAUUCCUGGAAUUAUAAUCGCAUGAUAUCCAAGCCCCAAUUUCUUUCUAUAAUUAAUGCACAGAAGUGUCCAAAACACACCAUUUUGCUUUAAUGCUCCUAUAUUUUUUACUCUUAAGUUUCUUUGAAGCAUUGUCCAGGAGAGUAAUUUUUGAUUCCUGGAAACUACAGGACAACGUUUACUGUGUUGGGAACCUUGAGAGAGGUUUCUAAUUUGAAAAUAGACUUUUGAUUUAAUUCUUAGACUGGACAUGGCAUUGUUGGCAAGGCUGAUAUUUACUUUCUUUGCCAAACUGACCAGAAGGUGUUGAGCCCCCUCCUUAAACUGAUGCAGCAUAUGUGGGGAACGUACAGCCAAAAUGGUACCACUGGAACAGGAAUAGGCCAUUAACACACAUCACUUCAUCAGGUCUGGUUGUGUCUGUGAUUUGUCUCCAUAUACCUGCAGUUUUCCAAUAUUCUUUACUUCGUUAACAAAUUUAAAAAUAACAAUUGGCUUGGCAUCAACUGCUGUUUGCAGAAGAUGAGUUCCCAAUACCUGCUGCACUUUGCAUGUGUAGGACUGUUUUCUAACUUCACUUCUGAAAGGCCAGACUCUUCAAAGUUUGAUUCUGCUCCCUGGUCCUCGACUCAGCAACCAGCAGAACGUUUUCUCCCUAUCUAGGUUUGGAAGUCUGAAACCAGGAGGCGGAGUCUAAAAGCUUGUGCACGUCAAUAAAAUGGCAAUUCAAUCAAAUGGCACUUAAUAUUCUAAAUUCAGGGGAAUGUUACAUGAUCUUUCCUUGUAAUUUUAACCCUUGGAGUCUAGGUACGGUACUCUCUCUCCCCCUCCCCUAAGGUGUAGUACCCAGAAUGCUAUCUGUACUGGUAAGCUUGGGUACCUGCCUUUCCAACCCAUUAUUUAAGUGAUUGAUAAAUUACUUAGAUAAAUAGUUGUAGCCCCAACACAAAUACCUAUGGGAGACCAUAAGUCACAUUCUGCCAAUCUGAUUACCUGCCCAAUAGCCCUAAUGACUUUUGCCACUUAACCACUUUCCUAACCAGGUCAGUAAUUGUUUUCAAUAGCAUGAACUUCAACCUUCGCUAACAGUUGCUAAUGAGAGACUGUACCAAAUGCCUUCUGGAAAUCCAUGUUAAUAACCUGCAUGGACAUCCCUGUGUCCACUACUUUAGUCAGCUUUUCAAGACCUUCCUCAGGCAUGACCUAUUGUUCACAGAUCCAGGCAGGCCCUCUGAUCAACUGGAAACUUUCAAGGUAUCCAGUCAAAAUAUCCUUAAUUGUAGACUAUUAUUAUUAAUUUUUCUGACAACAGUUGUUAGAAUGAACUGGCCAAUAUUUGCUCAUUUCCCUCUCCCAACUUUUUUAAUUAGUGGAGUUAGCAUGCAAAAUUUUCCAAUCGAAAGGAAUGGUUGCUGAAAUGAAUAUUUUGUAGUUAGAGCAGCUGCAAUAAUUAAAUCCCUGGGGUGCAAAUCAUCUGCUCCUGGGCUUUUGCCACUCUUUAGUGCUUUAUGAUGUUCAUUAUGUUAAUUUUGGCAAGUCCCUGUAUCGAUUUAACGUGAGUUUCCUUGGGAUGCUCGACAGGUCUUUGACUGUUGUAAAACCAAUGUAAAGAAAUGAUUCAACGUGCCUGUUGUGUCCUUAUUUCUGUUUAGUGUUGCCGUUAUCCACUUUUGAGGGGCUGCGUUGCUCCUCACUCUUUCCAAAUAUAAUUAUAAAUGUUCCUUCGUUGAUUGGAAACACUGUGCAGUUUUCUUUUCAUGCAUUCUUUUUGUAACUCUCGUUGCUCUUUCUAUUUUCUUUUUCUGUGCCUUUUCUCCAACCUUAUGCCAUCAUUUACCUCCUUAAUUGGCCAUUAUGCUGUUUUCUUUUGACAAGUAAAACUCUUUCCCCUUAGGGGUAUAAACUGGUUUGGUAUUACAUUAAAUUCUUUCUUGAAAACGUUCCACUGCUCUAUUGUUUGCUGCUUUACCUAUUAACUGAUUUGCUCAGUGUAGCACGGAUGGUCUUUGAAUCACAUGGAAGUCAGCCUCAGGUAAAUCUAGCAGCUUAGAAGGUGUCUUGCAUUUCUUCUUUUUGAACACAGCAAUGAACAUAAUCAUAUUGUGAUUGUUAGUGAACAAAUGCUCAGACACAUUGUGCUGCUAAAGUUAGCUCACAACUCAUCACCAAACAUAGUAUAGCUGCCCACUUGUUAGUUCUGGGAUGUCAUUGCUGCAGAACACAUAAGAAAUACACUACCUAUCAGACACGAGUUAGUCGGUUUAUAAGGACGUUUAAAUGCUCCGGUAAGGCACUUGGGGUUUCCGGCAUCUGCAGUUGUUUUAUUUCUAAUCCCUGGUCAGUUCUGAUGCUGCCAGACCCCCUGAGCUUUCCCAGCGUUCCCCAUCAUUUCAGAUUUCCAGCAAGUGAUAUGUUCUGUAUCUCAGUUCCAGCUUUGCUUUCUCUCUCCUCUCUCUAUUUGCACCUCACCCGGACAGAUCAGCUGCCAUUAACAAACCUCUCUCAGCCAGCACCCACUGUCUUCUCCAGGUCUCCACACUGGCACAGACAUUCCCUUUGUUCUCUCCAUCCUUUCUCCCACCCCCCCCCCCCACCCCUUCUCUGCAAGUUUAAACUGUUUUCUAAAUUGUCCCAGUUUGAAUAAAAGUCAUCGACCUGAAACAUUAACUCUAUACGCAGGAGAAAUAGGUGCAGGAGUAGGCCACUUGAGGUUGCUCUGUCACUUAAAUGAGAUUUCAGCUAAUUUAAUAUUAGCCUCAAUAGCACUGUCCCACUUGCUCCCCAUAUCUCGUGACUCCCUUACAUCUGUCACCUCUGUCUUGAGUAUAUUCACUGAGCCCGCCUCCACAGCUCUCUGGGGCAGAGAAUGCCAAAGGGUCUCCACCGUCCGAGAGAAAAAACUCCUCCUCAUCUCCAUCUGAAAUGGACGACGCCUUAUUCUGAAACUGUGCCCUAAGUUCUAGAUACCCCCACCAGGGAAAACAUCCUCCCUGCACCCACCCUGUCAGGGCCCCUUAGACCCUUGUCUAUUUCAAACAAGAUCACCUCUCAUUCUUCUAAACUCCAAUGAGUAUAGGCCCAACCCUUCUUCAUGUGUCAAACCCUUCAUCCAAGGAAUAACACAGUGAACCUUACCUGCCUCCAAUGCAAGUGCACCGUUGCUUAAAACUGGAGAAUCAAGUUGUCCUCAGUACUCCUGGUGCGGUCUCAACAUCACCCUGUAAAAUUGCAUCAAAACCUCCCUACUGAUCUACUCCAUAUAAAGGCCAACAGUCCAUGGCCCCCCCCCCCUAAUUACUUGAUGUACCUGCAUGGUAAUGUGUUGUGUUUGAUAUACUAGGACCCCCAGAUUCCUUUGUGCCACAACAUUCUGUCGUCUCACUAGUUAAAGAUUUACUUUUCCAGUCUUGUUUCUAAUGUGGACAACCUCACAUUUCCCCACAUUGUACUCUAUCAGCUAACCUCUUGCUCACUUUGAUCUAUCCACAUCCUGUUGUAGUCGUUGUGUGUCCUCUUAACAACCCAUCCAUCUUCACACCUUCAGUCAAUUUGGCUCCAGUAUUCUCAGUCCCAUCAUCCGAGUCGUCAGUAUAGAUUACAAGUAGUCAAGGGCCCAGCUCUAAUCCUUGUGGCUCCUCGCUAGUUCCUGGUUGCCAAUCUGAAAAUGACCCAUUUAUCCCCUCUCUGUUUAGCCACUCUCUUCCCUACACCCACCACCAUGUGCUCUUAUCCUGUGCAGUUACCUUUAUGUGGCACCUUAUCAAAUGUGUUCCGGAAAUCCAAAUAUACUACAUCUACUGGCUCUCCUUUAUCCACCCUGUUUGUUACACCCUCAAGAGAUACUAACAACUUUUGUCAGGUGGGAUUUGCCCCUCAUAUCGACUCUACUUGUCUUAUGGUUUUCUAAAUGCCUUGCCAUUACCUCCUAGACUAACUGGUCUAUAAUGUCCUGGUUUCUGUCUCCCUUCUUGAAUAGUGUUGCAUUGGUGGCUUUCCAGUCAUUGGGACCUCUCCAGAACCCAGAAAAAUUUUGGUAGAUUAUCAUCAAUAAUUCCACUAUCUUUGCGGCCACUACAUGACUAGAGCACGCAGGCUGUUAGGUCCAGAGGACUUGUUGGCCUUUAGCCCCGUUAGUUGGCCUUGUACAUUUUGCUAAUAAUAGAUUGUUUCAACGUCCUCCCUCCCAUAGCCCUUGAUUAUCUCUUACUAUUGAGAUGUUCUUGGUGUUUUCUACUGUAUUGACCAACACAAAAUUUAUUUAGGCUCAAUGCCAUUUUUCUCUUUCCAUCAUUAAUUCACCAGUCACAUCCUCUAAGGGACCAGCAUUUACUUUAGCUAUUCACUUCCCUGUUAUAUCCCUGUAGAAGCUCUUAUAGUCUAUUGAAUAUUACUUGCUGGUUUACUCUCCUCUAUCUUCUCCCUCUUUAUAGUUUUUUUUCAUCAUUGGUUUCCAAACAUUUCCAGUCUUCUGGCUUUUUUUUAGGUUUGGUAUUUGCUCCCUGGCCAGCAUUUUCUUUUUUUUUGGUCAGAUUUCUAGCAUCUGCUGGCUUUUUACUUUUUGACUUCUGCAUUUAUGCAUUCUGACACCUUAUAUCUGCUACCUGGAGGCCUCACACAGUUCCUGAUACAAUCUUAAAUCCUUUUCUAUUUUUUAAUUCUAUCCAUUAAGUCUCCACUGCCUGCUUACCUCUUGUUAGAUCCUCUCUCGUCACUGAAGUGACUACAUCUUUAAUCACUGCAUCCCCUCCUCCACCACCAUUCUCUGUAUCAUUCCUGUAGAUCUUGUAAACUAGUAUAUUUGCUUUGCAGUUUCAGCCACAUCUCAGUAAUAACUACCAUACUAGACCAUCCAAGUUCAAGUUGUGCCUUAUAUUCCAUGUGUUCUAUAAAGAACAUCUAUUAGCUUUACUUUUUCAAGGCGGCUUUGAGGAUACCCUUGAAUUAUUUCUUCUAUUCGCUUUGUGGGGAUUCCUGGGUCAAGAACUCAAAAUGGAGAAGGAUGGUACAAAGAAUCUUGUCCAUUCUUCUUGUACACAUGGAAUGAUGUCACGUCACAGAGUCCCUAUCUGCCCCGCCAUCGAGUAUCCCCUGCCCCAUCUGUAGCAGAGCCUCAUCGGUCAUAGUUAUGUAGCAUCGUCCCGACUCAUUCAUGUUGACCAAGUAAGUCGUCUAUCUGAGCGAGUCCCAUUUGCCUGAGUUUGGCCUAUACCCCUCUAAACCUUUCCUACCCAUGUACCUGUCCAAGUGUCUUUUAAACGUUGUAACUGUACCCGCCUCUACCACUUCCUCUGGCAGCUCUUUCCAUGUACCCACCACCCUCUGUGUGAAAAACUUGCCCCUCAGGUCCCCUUUAAAUCUUUCCCCUCUCACCUUAAACCUGUGCCCUCUAGUUUUAGACUCCCCUGUCCUGGGAGAAAGACUGAUCAUUCACCUU